AUGCCAUAUAAUCUUCCACCAUGGAUGUGCAUGAAACAAGAGUUCUUCAUUUUGUCCUUACUUAUUCCUGGACCAAAAGCUCCUGGCAAUAAUAUUGAUGUCUAUUUGCAACCUUUAAUAGAAGAGUUAAAUGAAUUAUGGGAUGUUGGGAUAGAAACAUAUGAUGCCUCUGCUAAGGAGAUAUUUCAAAUGCGAGCAGCUCUCAUGUGGACUAUAAAUGAUUUUCCAGCAUAUGGUACUCUCUCUGGAUGGUGCACUUAUGGUCGGUUUGCAUGCCCUUCUUGUAACAUAAACACUCAAUCUAGAAGGCUCAGACAUGGCAGGAAGUUUUGUUACAUGGGGCAUCGGCGCUUCUUGAAGUCAGGACACAAAUAUCGGAAUGAUGCAAAAUCGAUUGAUGGUACUAAAGAAACAAGACCUGCACCUUGUCCAGUAUCUGGGUCACUAGUGUUGAAUCAAGUUAAAGAUAUAAAUUUACUCUCGGCCAGUCGAGUGAAGGGCAAAGAACUAAAAGUAGAAGAGUUAAAGUUACUUGAAGAAAAAAUUCCAGAAACAUUGUCUACUAUGGAGAAACUUUUCCUCCCAGGAUUCUUUACUGUUAUGAUACAUUUGGUAAUUCACUUGGCAACUGAGGCUAAACAUGCGGGGCCAGUAUUUGGGUACUUUAAAUCAUAUGUUCGUAAUCGUGCAUGUCCAGAAGGUUCGAUAGCAGAAGCAUACAUAGCAAAUGAGUGUAUGGCAUUUUGCUCACGAUAUUUGGAGGGUGGAGAUUCAAGGUCUUAUUGUUCAAGAAAAUGCGGUGAUGAGAUUGAGCAUGAGACUAGUAAAGAAGAAUAUCUUUUUCCAACUAUCGGGGAGUCGUACGGCGGAGUAGAUGUAUUUCAGUUGGAUGAGAAAACAAGGUUGCAAGCACAUCGACGUGUGCUUUUCAAUUGCGAGUCAGAAGUGGUUGAGGAUUAUGAAAAGGAACAUAUUACAGAAAUCAAGAGAUCGCAUCGUAAGCGUCGUUUGACUCAACAUCAACUUGAUCGUGUGCAUUUCGAUACAUUUCAUGAGUGGUUCAAGGAGCAACUAAAGGAUCUUGAAGCCACAUCUAACAUCUUAAAGGAUGUUAAAGUCCUAGCACAAGGGCCGAGUUACAUUGCGAAAAGAUUUAAUGCGCUCGAUGCAAAUAACGGGUAUCGGUUUCGAACGAAGCAAAGUGAAGAAUUUAUGGUGACACAAAAUAGUGGUGUUAUGGUCGUUUCAAAGACUGAAAGUUAUGUAAGUACAAGUGACAAUACUCCAAAGUCAGCAAAUAUCACAUAUUAUGGCAGAUUAAAUGAUAUUGUAGAGUUAAACUACUAUGAAGAAUUUAAGGUUGUCUUAUUUAAGUGUGAUUGGGUUGAUGUAACCAAAGGUAGAGGAGUUAAGGAAGAUGACUUGGGUUUUACACUUGUGAAUUUCUCACGCCUUACAGACUCUGGCGAUCGAGAACGUCAUGAGCCCUUUAUUUUUGCAGAACAAGCUCAACAAGUAAUAUUUAUACAAGAUUCUGAAGAUCAUGAAUGGUUUGUCCCUAGGUUAAUUAAACCUCGAGAUAUUUUUAAUAUGGGAGAGGAAAAUAGUUUGCAGUUUGAGUCAUCAAUGCAGAGUGAUGCCAUUGACUUGACUCUCUUAGAAAAUACUCGUGUUCCAGAAGAUGAGUAUAAUGAUUGGGUAAGAAGUGGUGUCGAUGGGAUAGUAAUUGAUACAAACGUACAUUCUCAAGCUUCUCCAAAUGAUGGUAAAGCUAGUGUUGAGGGAGGAAAUGACAGUGAAAAUGAAUAUGAUUCUGAAUAA